AUGCUUGCUCAAAGCCCCUACCCCUGCCCUUACAUCAACCCCCAGCCAAGCCCCUCUCUCUCUGCCUCUCUAUUCGACCGCCUCAAUCCCUCUCUUUCUCUCUACAAUCUCUCUCGCAUACUCUCUCUCUCUCGCAUACUUUCUCUCUUUUGUCAAUUGUGAAUGCGGAACCCUCAUUUGCUUUAACCACUCCUCAUAUGACCUAGAAUCUUCGGCGCCGGAGCCGCCACUGGCCGUCAACUGCCGGCGAAGAUUUCUUUCCGAAGCUUCUCGAAAUUCGGGGAUUUCUUUAGGGUUUUUGGUGUUUCACCGAUUUGAUUAAAGCCAGCACCGUUCUUUUUAGUUCAGAGGUGUUGUUUCUAAGGUUGUGGCGUCCACGCCAUGGCUCCUGGGCGUAGACGCGGAGCGAACAAGGCCAAGGCCAAGAGCCAGUUGAGUCUCGGCGAUCUCGUUCUUGCCAAGGUCAAGGGCUUUCCUUUUUGGCCUGCUAAGAUUAGCAGGCCUGAAGACUGGGAUAAACCUCCAGACCCCAAGAAGUAUUUUGUCCAAUUUUUUGGAACAGAAGAAAUAGCCUUUGUUGCCCCUGCUGAUAUUCAGGCAUUUACCAAUGAGGCAAAGAAUAAAUUAUCAGCUAGGUGUCAAGCUAAAACAAAGUACUUUGCUCAAGCAGUGAAGGAAAUAUGUGAGGCAUUUGAUGAGUUACAGAAAAAGAAACCAAGUGAUUUGAGGGAUGAUACUGAUAGGUCAGACCUUGGAUGUGAGGCUCCCUCUGCUGAUGGAAUAGAGGAUAAUGAAGAAGAGGUUGACUUAAAGGAUGGGGCAGGUACAGUUGGGGAGGCGGUGAAUCAGGAAACUAGUGAUUCUGGCUCUAAGUUGGAGCGAUGUUCACAGAGACGAGGUGAGACUGAGAGUCAAGAUGUAAAGCCUGCUAUUGCUUCUUGUAAAAGUGGUAGUUUGUCUCCUGUUUUGUCUUCUGAGAAAAGAAGUAAAACAUUUGAUGUUGCACAAGUAAAGAAAGAGAUAACGUUGACAUCUGGGUCAGAUAAUUCUUUGCAGUUACAAGAAGAAGAUUCAGGUAAUGGACAGAAGACAUUAUCAAAUGGUCACAAGUUGAAGAAAUUGGGUACUGGAUCAAAAAGGAGGACUGAGGGUAAAGUUGAUGUUCACAAAAGUGGUAAUACUGCUCUAACAUUACUAAAGGAUGAUAAAGCUGGUGAUUGUGUUGAUAUUCCCGAAUCUGGUGAGCGAUUGAAAGAUGGAAUGAAAGGCAAAAAUGCCUCUAGUUGCAGUAGAAGAGAAUUUUCUCCAGAUGACCUUAGGUCAUCUGAAAUGAGUGUUGGAAAAAAGUCUAAAGAGUUGCUUAAAGCAAAGAAGCAUUUUAAGGUUCCUGGUGAGACAAGUGAUCCUAUUACUGCUUCUGAGGAGCAUGCCAAAGAAAAACUUUCUGGGAGGACAAAAAGGGCUCAGCUUGGAUUUGGGAAGCCUAAUUUAGGAGCAAAUGAGAUUUCACAUCCUGCCAAGAAGUCGAAGAUUGUAGAUGCAGGGGAUGGUGCCCCUGGGAGAUCAUUACCAAAAAGCAUAAAGGGAGGUUCUCCUACUAGUAGUGAUGUUGACCACAAGGCAGUUUCAAAGUUGGAUUCCAAAAGAUCUUCACGGGUGAAAGCAGAAAAUAAUCUCACUGAAAAUGUUAUUGUUGGACCAAAUGUUUCUGGUGAUGAAGCUGUCUUACCCCUGUCAAAACGUCGGCACCGAGCACUGGAGGCUAUGUCGGAUUCCACUACUCUAGCUUCUGAUAAUAAAAUGGAGAAGGAUCCUAUGGUAGUGAAGAAUGAUGUCUCAUGUUCUAGUAAUGUUAAAGUUUUGACAACUCAGUCACAAAAAAAACGGAGGGCUGUUUGCCUUUACGAUGAUGAUGAUGAUGAUGAUGAGCCAAAAACUCCUGUUCAUGGAGGUUCUGCUAAAAAUAUUAAAGCCCCUUCAUAUGGUUCGGAUGAUAUCAAGAUAUCCGAUACAAAUCGUGAUAGUUCUGAUAAAUUUAAGGAGAAUAUCAAAGAUUCUACUCAAUAUUGGGACAGUCAUAUGAAGGAAUCGUCUUCUCAUUUGCUUAAUGGAUCUCUUUCACCUGGAAAACCUAAGAUUCUUGAAAUCCAAUCUCAAGCUGAAGAAAAAAUGCUCGAAAUCCAACCGAAAACUGAUGAAAAGAGGCCUGAAAGCCAACCUCAAGCUAAUGAAAAGAUGGCUGAAAAGGCAGUGAAUGUCUAUCAAAGUCCUGGUAAAUCAGACUCAGAGCAGUUGUCGUCCAAGGAGGCAAAACCAAUCUUGAUAUCUCCAAAAAAGUCUCCGCAGUUGCUUUCUGCGGCCAAACCUGUUCUUGAACAUAAAUCUAUGAAACCUUCCUCCAAGGUAUCCACUAGUGGGAGUCAAAAAAAGUUUCAGGCUGGGUCUAGCAAGGGUUCAGCUUCAGCUUCAAUUUCUAAUAGUUCCCAAAAUCAAGUUACCAUUCAAAGAAACAGGCCUGCUUCAUCUGGAGAAAGAUCUAAACCAACUCCCAAGUCAAUUUUGCGGACCAAUGACCAUGCUGUUCUGAGAGAAAAGUCAACGGAGCCUGCUGACAGCAGGGUGGAAGCUAGAGAAGACAUAAGUAGCUUGUUGACGGAGACUAGGACUCCGGAAUCUGUUAUGUCUAUGAGACAUCUUAUCGCAGUUGCACAAGCAAAGCGGAAACAAGCUCACUCACAAAACUUUUCAUUUGGAAUUGCCAAUUCUAUUUUUGCAACAAGCACUGAUGUCCAAGGAGCGAGCCCCAGUCCAACUGCUGUUCAACAUUUUUUGUCUGGAGCCAGCAAUGUGAUGCUGGCUGAUAUCCAGGGUACUUAUAAUAGCACAAGUUUUGGUUCUUCCUCGAAUCAUGGUCAUCAGUCUGUAUCACAAGGUCAGCUUGACAUUGAAGAGCUUGAAGAGAGAAGAGUUAGUUCUGGUCAUAUGGCUGCUGGAGGCUCAUUAAGUGGUGGAACAGAGGCUGCUGUUGCCCGUGAUGCUUUUGAAGGAAUGAUAGAGACUUUGUCUAGGACUAAAGAAAGCAUUGGACGUGCAACUCGUCUUGCCAUUGAUUGUGCCAAAUAUGGUAUUGCCAAUGAGGUUGUGGAACUGCUUAUCCGAAAGUUGGAAAGUGAACCGAGUUUUCAUCGUAAAGUGGACUUGUUCUUUCUUGUGGAUUCCAUCACCCAGUGCUCACAUAAUCAAAAAGGCAUCGCGGGAGCUUCAUACAUCCCAACAGUUCAAGCAGCGUUGCCACGUCUUCUAGGUGCUGCUGCUCCAGCUGGUACUGGUGCUCGUGAAAACCGCCGGCAGUGUCUCAAGGUUUUACGGCUGUGGCUGGAAAGGAAAAUAUUACCUGAAUCACUUCUUCGACGUUACAUGGAUGACAUAGGAGUUUCAAAUGAUGAUACAACUGCUGGUUUUUCCCUUAGACGUCCUUCUCGAUCUGAGCGUGCUGUUGAUGAUCCAAUCAGAGAAAUGGAAGGCAUGCUUGUUGAUGAGUAUGGCAGUAAUGCUACAUUUCAGCUUCCUGGGUUUUUAUCUUCUCACGCAUUUGAUGAUGAAGAAGAAGAAGAAGAAGAAGAAGAUUUUCCAAGCAGUUCGUGUAAGGAGAAUGGUCAUCCCUCACAAAUGGAACCAACCCAUGCUUUGGGUGAGUCGGAAACAUGUGCAGCAACUCCAAAUGACAGGCGGCAUUGCAUCUUGGAGGAUGUUGAUGGGGAGCUUGAAAUGGAAGAUGUUUCUGGACACCCAAAGGAGGAAAAAACCUUGUUCAUUGGUAGCUCUUCUGAAAUGGACUUGCAACAGCAAGAGUCAGACAAGGGCAUGGAGUCGGCUGCAAGCAUUUCCACUGAUUUGCCUCCUCUUCCUGAGAGUUCUCCACCAUUACCUCUUGAUUCUCCUCCUCCACUCCCUCCACUGCCUCCUUCGCCACCCCCACCACCCCCGCCGCCCCCGUUAUCUCCAUCAUCACCUCCGCCACCACCACCCCCUCUCCCUUUAGAGCCACCUCCUCCUCCUUUACCACCUUCUUGUGCUCCACCAUUGUUGGUUUCUCAGUCAUCUGUACCAGCCCCACCUUCCUUGCUACCUCAACAGCUGCCAUCUCAACCACCACUACAUUCUUCACCGCAGUUGGCAUAUCAACCUCCUGUGCCUCAUGAAUACAGUAGCACAACUAGUGGAAUCCAAAGGGCAGGAAGCACUACACAUGGGGGUCCUGUUGAUUCUGCUGCAAAAAGUGAAAUGUUCCAACAGCAGCCUCCUUGCUUUGUUCCUGCUGGAGUUUGUGUUCCUCGUGAACCUUCUACAUUUAAUUCUUCGAGACAAUUAGAACAUGGACAUAAUGAUAUUUAUUUAAACCAACAGGUUUCUCAGCCAAACCAACAGUUUCCACAAGGAAAUACACCUUAUGUACAAAGACCUUUGCAUCCUGUACCUCCUCAAAACCCUUCCAGUCAUUUCUCUUAUCCAAAGCCCACAAUUCAGCAACAUCCACAGCAUCCAUACCACCAUCCAUUCUCUGUGCCGCCUCUUCCUGAUGGACGGAGACCGUUUGUUUCUGAUGAACAAUGGAGGAUGCCCCCUAAUGAAUUCAAGAACGAUAACCAAAGAGGUGUAUGGGUGAAUGGAGGGAGAAUGCAUUCAGGCCCAACCCUUGCACAGGAAGUUUACUAUCGGCCACCCUUUGAAAGGCCACCAGCAAGUAAUGUGGGUUUUCAGCAGUCUGCCCCUAAUACAGUACCAGCUGGAGCUCCACUGUCAGGUAAUGGUGUUUCCCAGAUUUUACCGAGUAGACCAGAUAUAUCUGCACUUAAUUGUUGGAGGCCAGCUUAAUGUUGGAAAGUAUUUUUUUGUUUCAGUGCUGAAAGCAGAGAUGGUCAUGUUGUGUUGCAUGUCAAAGUAAUAUUCGGCUUGUGUACAAAAUCCAACAACCACUUGAAGGCAGUGUUGAGAACUUGUGGAGGCUUUUGGCAGGAUUGUGUAUAUUGUAAUUUUUCCUGGCAAAUGUAUCCCGGGAACAUUUGCUUCCGAGUGUAUGCCCAUGUUCUGACUUGGUUUUGGCAAAAGGAUUAAAACCAGAAAUGCCAAACAAUUUUGGGGUUUUAACUUGGUCACGAAGGAAUAAGGUUUCAAGUUUCAAAUUUCUUGGCUGUUAACACUACUGCAAAUGUUAAGGUAAAUAUUUUACAUGGAUUUUUGGGGCAAGACAGUGUCUUAAUUGUUUAUUAGUUGAGUACAGUUUCAAUAUGACAGUUACUUUUCCAAUGUAAAGGUAGUUUUUUCCUGAUGGUUCAGAAUGGAUGAAAAUUUGAUUUAGAAGUAGCUUUGCAUUUGUUACAGCAUAAUGUGUUCAUGCUAUUUUUUCCCCCAUGUGCAACACAUUCUAAGGUUUUCCCAAAUAAUUUUAGUUUUAUCUGACCUGCUAUCUUGCAUUCUGUAUUAUAGUACAUGCACGUUAUGAAAUAAUAUAAAUUUUUUUGGUUGCUUUA